UGACUGACAUGAGCCUGCGAGGUCUAUCGAAUCCUCAGAGGCAAAAUGGGUCAAAAUCAGUCUGGCAGUGGGGGAGCUGGAGGAGACAAAAAGGGAGACAAGGACAAAAGAAAAAAGUAUGAACCACCAAUUCCUACCAGAGUAGGAAAGAAACAGAAGAAAACCAAAGGACCUGAUGCAGCCAACAAAUUGCCUCAAGUUACUCCACACAGAAACUGCAGGUUGAAGUUGUUAAAGUUGGAAAGAAUAAAAGAUUAUCUGCUUCUCGAAGAAGAGUUCAUCCAGAAUCAAGAGAGGCUCAAACCCCAGGAGGAGAAAAAUGAGGAAGAGAGGUCAAGGGUUGACGAAUUACGGGGGACUCCCAUGUCAGUUGGCACUUUAGAGGAGAUCAUUGAUGACAACCAUGCUAUUGUAUCCACUUCUGUUGGUUCAGAGCAUUAUGUUAGCAUCUUGUCAUUUGUCGAUAAAGACAUGCUGGAACCUGGCUGUACUGUAUUGUUGAAUCAUAAGGUGCAUGCUGUUGUUGGUGUGCUGUCUGAUGAUGCAGAUCCCAUGGUGACUGUGAUGAAACUUGAGAAAGCUCCACAAGAGUCAUAUGCUGACAUUGGUGGACUGGAUCAACAGAUACAGGAAAUCAAGGAAUCCGUGGAACUUCCAUUGACUCACCCAGAGCUGUAUGAGGAAAUGGGGAUUAAACCACCUAAGGGUGUAAUAUUGUAUGGCCCACCUGGUACAGGAAAAACCUUGCUUGCAAAAGCUGUAGCCAAUCAAACUGCAGCAACCUUUCUUCGAGUUGUUGGAUCAGAGCUCAUUCAAAAAUAUCUGGGUGAUGGUCCUAAGUUGGUCAGAGAAAUGUUUCGAGUUGCAGAGGAACAUGCCCCAUCAAUUGUUUUCAUCGACGAGAUUGAUGCUGUCGGAACCAAAAGAUAAGAGUCUAAUUCUGGAGGAGAACGAGAAAUUCAACGUACAAUGUUGGAGCUUCUUAACCAGUUGGAUGGAUUUGACUCCAAGGGAGAUGUAAAGGUUAUUAUGGCCACAAACAGAAUUGAAACUUUAGAUCCUGCCCUUAUCAGACCAGGUCGUAUUGAUCGCAAGAUCGAGUUUCCUCUUCCUGACGAGAAAACAAAACGUCGCAUAUUCACAAUUCAUACUGGUCGCAUGACAUUAUCAGAAGAUGUCAAUCUGGAGGAGUAUGUGAUGGCCAAGGAUGACCUCUCAGGGGCUGAUAUCAAGGCCAUUUGCACAGAGGCAGGUCUGAUGGCUUUAAGAGAAAGGAGAAUGAAGGUGACCAACGAGGAUUUCAGAAAAUCCAAAGAAAACGUAUUGUACAGGAAGAACGAAGGCACGCCAGAGGGGCUAUACCUCUGAUUCUAGAUGUUGCCUUUUCUGGUAACCUGGUCAGAAUUCUUUGUGUAAAAAAUAUUGAAAUCGUUAUCAAUUAAAACUUUUCUUGUAACGUG